UCCCUCGAUCUGAAGCUUCCACCAACCAGCGACUCGACUCAACGACUGCUGCAGAAAUGCGCUGGCCAUGCAUACAACGACCCUCACGAUGAAACAUUUACGAAGACCCUCAAACUACCGACGUUACCGUCCCUCGACCUCGCGGAAGCACCCCCAAACUACAACGACUGCAUAAACGACUGCCCACCAGAUUAUACGAACACCGAUGCCCUUGCGACGUUAAGUCUCGACCCGCCUGCUUAUGCGCCAUCUAUAUGUAUAUCAGAAGAAUGCAGAGAAGAGACAUCCCAUCCGACUGAACCGAAGGUCGACUUCGGAUACCGCGACAAUUUGCGCGAGCACAAGAAGAAGAAAAAGGGCGCUGCUGCAGCAAAGAACAAAUGGGACAGCGAUAACGAAGAGGAAAAUAAGCCCGAAGGUGACAACAAUGCUGAUCAGCCAGGCGAUGCUGGUGGCAGUGGAGGCGCAGAUGGUGCUGGAGGAGAGGGCGGAGAAGGAGGAGGUAAUGAUGACGACGAUUGGGAUGACGGCAAGAAGAAGGGCAAAAAGGACAAGAAGAAGAGCGCUUUCAGCUGGGACGCCCUAGAUGACGAAGAGAACAAGGACGAGGAAGAGAAGAAAGAUGAUCUACCUGUCGAGGAAGCUCCUGCAGAGGAUGACGAGUGGGCAGGCUUCACGACCGCUGCCAGCAAGAAGAAGAAAAAGAAGGGCAAGGACGCCGAACUCGAUCCUCCACCCGAUGAUGGACCACCGAAGGUUGAUGUCGACUUUGGCAACAGCAAUAGUUUCAGCUUCGGCAGCAACGGAGCUUGGGGAGCUAAACCGGCAGAGGAUGACGGAUGGGCUACUUUCGGCACCAGCAAGAAGGACAAGAAGAAAAAGACAAACGCUUUCGACUUUGAUUUCGGAGAUGCUGAUGGAGGCGGAAUGCCUGAAGAAUCUGCGCCUCCACCAGCAGAAGAAGAGGCAAAGACAGACGACAAUCCUUGGGCUGCGUUCGGUUCGGGAAAGAAGAAAAAGAAGGGCGGUGCUGUUGAAGAACCUCCACCUCCAGAACCUGAGCCCGAGAUUGUCGUUGUUCAAAGCCCAGAUGAGCCUGUUGACGACUUCUCUUGGGGCAUGAGUGCCAAAGACAAGAAGAAGGCCAAGAAAGCCGCCAAAGCCGCCGCACUUGCUGAGCCUGAACCUGAACCUGAACCUGAACCUGAACCUGAACCUGUCGUCAUUGUCGAGGAACCACUGCCUGAGCCUGAAGCUCCCGCCGAACCCGAAUCAGCUCCAGUAGAAGACUUCUCCUGGGGUAUGAGUGCCAAGGACAAGAAGAAGGCAAAGAAGGCUGCGAAAAAGGGAGGCAAUGCUUUCGAAUUCAUUGCUGAGCCAGAACCUGAGCCUACUCCUGUUCCAGAGCCUGAAUCCGAGCCGCCAGCUAUCGAGGUCGUCGAAGACCUUGUUCCACCCGCUGCUGAGCCGGAACCCGUGGAUGACUUCUCCUGGGGAAUGAGCGCAAAGGACAAGAAAAAGGCAAAGAAGGCAGCCAAGAAGAGCGCUUUUGACUGGUCAGAACCCGAUCCUCCUGCAGCGCCAGACCCGCCUCCCGCUGAAGAAGCACCACCUGCUAACGAUGCUACCGCUCUUGCUAUCCCAGAGCCCCCACAAAAUGACUGGCUUGGCUGGGGCACUGCGGGCAAGAAGAAGGAUAAGAAGAUCGCCGAAGAGGUUCCACCAGAAGUGCCUCCACCUCCACCCGCUGCUCCCAAGCCUGCUGUUGAAGAGAGCAGUAGCUCAUGGUCAUUUGGCUGGGGUUCAUCUUCGAAGAAAGACAAGAAGAAGAGCAAGUCUCCUGAACCCGAACCUGUUCCUGUGCCCGAGCCUGUGCUUGAAAAAGACCCAAUCGUCAUGGUUCCCGAGUCUAUCGACGAGCCAAAAGUAGAAGAAGACGACUGGGCGGGCUGGGCUACAGGCAAAAAGUCAAAGAAGAAGGGGAGUAAGAAUGCCCCUGUCGAGAUUGUGGAGCCUGUGUACGAUGUUCCUGUCCAGCAACCUGAUCCUGUGCCUGCUGAAGAAGACGCCUGGGCUGGAUGGAGCGUGGGCAAAAAGGAGAAGAAGAAGAGUAAGAAGGGUGAUGACAUUCCUCCGCCCCCAUUGCCUGCGAUCGAACCACCACCCAUGGAAGUUAUUGAGUCUAUUCCUCCGCCCCCACCCGGACCCGAACCUACUGCCGAACAAGCACCGGCCGAUGAUCCUUGGGCUUCAUUCUCGACUAAGAAGAGCAAGAAGGAUAAGAAAAAGAAGGGCUCAAGCGUCGAAGAGCCGAAGCCGGUCGUUGAAGUUCCGCCCCGCCUCCUGAACCCGAACAACUCCUUGACUUACAAGAGCCUGAAAUCGAGCCUGAAUCUAUCGUCACUCCACAUACCGAAGAGCCUGUCAAAGAGGUCAAGAAGAAAGAAGUCAAGANCAUCUUCUGGCUGGGGUAGCAGUCUAUGGGGUAGCUCGAGCAAGUCCAAAUCGUCGUCCAAAGAUAAGGAGAAAGAUAAGGAGAAAGAGAGAGAGAAGAAGGAGAAGGAGGAGAAAGAAAGACAAGAUCGUGAAGCAGAAGAACAGCGCAAAGCAGAUGAAGAAGCAGCAUUUGCAGCAGCUCUGGCUGACGAGCCCAUUGACUUACUUCUCGAGUCUGAACCUGUGGUUCAAGAACCCGCCACUACAGGCUAUUGGGGUACGUUCUUGAAGCCAACCACAAUCAGCAAGGCCGUGGAGGAACCCAUCGAUGCCAAAGGUAAGGUUGAUACUGGUGCCAAGGAGUCCGUCAAGGACAGGAUCAAGCGCUUGCAAGGCGAGGCUACAAAGGAUAAAGUGGUUGUUGUACCACAUGCCCCUCCGGAACCAGAGCUGCUCCCUGAGCCUGAGAUUGUCGUGGUGCCCGAAGCUGAAGUCAUCAUCGUGCCUGAACCGCUCGUGGUUGAAGAAGCACCUGCCAAGAAAUCAUCGAAGGACAAGAAGAAGAAGAAAGGCAAGGAGAAAGAACAAUCACCUCCACCUCCGCCCGCUGCUAUCGAGAUCNCCCCGCAUGUCGUUGGGGUGCCUCCUUCUUUGAGCCCUAUCCCAGGUGGCUUCCCUGAGGAUGACGUUGAACUUGAAGUGUUGGCUGAUGUACCUGCUGUACCACCAGCCAUUGUCCUUGAUACCUCGGCCGGCGCACACGUCAAGCCACCCCGAGUCCAUGCAGUGAUACCACCUUCGACCGCGGCCGUCAUACCAUCUGAGGAAGUGAUGCCCAAAUCUUGCUCUGACAAGAAAGCUGUCAAAGACAAAAAGUCCUCUGUCAAGAAGGAAGUCAAGAAGCCUACGAGAUCUUCGCGUCCGACAACCGUUGAUCUUGCCGCGCCAGGUAUACCUGCCGAAAGCAACUCUGAGAAGAAGGAACGACCGAGAGUUGUUCGUGACCCGAGUGGAAGCUCACACUGGGGUCUGUGGGGAACAACACCCAAGGUAGAGCCAAGGAAGGAAGACAGACCCAGAAAAGACACGAUAGCUCCGACCGCCAAACGAUCAGCCGCUCCCGGACUCACGCGAUCAAAAUCAGCACGCAAGUCUAACGAACGGGAUUUCAUGGAUAAAACCGACAAAACUUCUAGCGACGACAAACAAUCAAGAAAAGCCAGCAGAGGCCCUUCCACCCCAGCUAAAGGCAUGGGAUUCGGUCUGUUCGGCCCUACACCCACAAGAUCGCGAUCGAUGCGACAAUCGACUUCUGCGCAACGGCCUGCUCAGGUCAGAGAGUCACGCCGUUCUCUCGAUGUGUCAUCCCCGCCUGGCGACAUUGCGAGCAAAGCAGCAAAGUUGAUGGGACUUGGACCUCGACCAUCACUCAGUCGCAGUCAAUCUACACGUGAAAAGCGCAAGUCACGCACUGUCCCAGAUUCUUACGCUAUUGAUCCCGACAACACACCCGAUGACGCCACUCAUUCUGCGUCUGUAGACAGGUCCAGCAGUCAUCGCACAAAGAGAUCCAGCCGAAGCGAUCACAAGCACAAUGAACGCGAUUCAGCCAUGAUGUCCGGCGGCUUAGGACCUUCAGAUGGCGAUGGAGCAGAUCUUAUGACGGCACCUGAGGACACACCAUUUGUAACACCUUCCUGGCCAAUGCUCAAACGCUCAGCGACGACCAGCAACAGGAAGCCAGCAGGCGGCCUCUUCAGUAACAUAUUUGACUCACUCAAACCAAAACCUGUGGAGGAACUAUCCCGCCGGCAUCGUAGCAAUCGUGCAUAUGACAGCGAGGAUGGUUCCGCGCAUCACCACAGACAUCGCACACCACACUCUUCGUACCGCGACGAGGAUGAGGACACUAAGCGCCAUCUCCGCCGCGAACACAGACGUGUUCAUCGGCCCGAAGACACGCCUUCCACUCCACUAGAAGGAUACCCGCCAACACCAGCGGCAGACAAUACUGAAUCUGAAGACCGCGAACGCCGGCGUGCAGAGCGUCGGGCCAAGCGUGCGGCAUUGGAAGCGGCGGAAGAGGACCUGCGUGCACGAGAAAAAGCCACCAGACGCCGAGAGCGCGAAGAUGCUGAACGCACCAGACAGGACGAGGAAGAUCAACUUAGACGUCAACGACGAGCAGAACGUCAUGCCUCACGCCGCUCCAGCGCCGUUGACGCCGACCGGAAACCCCACCUGCAUCGCUCUUCUACAGCACCCGUACAGUCUUAUUUCGAUUCGCGUGCACCUAAUCGCGAUGCCAAUGGUCGUGACCUUCGCAGUCCUCCCAAAGACAAGACAUCUUCUUGGGUCCACAGCGUUACUUCAUCACCUCCACUACCUCCGCCUCUCCAACCCACAAUACUGGAUAUUCCUCCUACUGAUCCAGCUGCUGAUGAUGCCGAACUACGCGACGACGAAAGCACGGCUCGCGAACUCCGCCGUCGUCAUCGACAUGAACGUGAAUCACGUGGUGUUGAAACAGAGGAGGAUCGUAAGAGACGCAAGCGCAAGGAAUUGCGUCGACGAGAGGAGGAGCUCGCCUUCCGCAAUCGCGACGGUGGGACUAGAAGGGACGGAGAAAGUAACAAAGCCUACAAUAGCCUUGGAUAUGAAGGGUUCGAAACACAAAGAACUUGGGAUGGAAGAGUCGUCGGGGGUGACGCGAGAGGAGGAGUCAAGGAAGAGAUCGCUAGACGCACUCAGGGAUGGUUCAAGAAAGUUGCCGGAUUGUGA